AUGGAGCGCGGAGGAAGAGGAAGAAGACGUAAGAAAAGGCACUUGGAGAUCAGAUCAAAAUCAGAACCAAACAAUUUUCCAAACAUCCCACAAGAAAUCAUCCUCGAAAUUCUAUCAAGACUAACCCAUGAUUCUCUCUGUCGAUUAAGGUGCGUUUCCAAAGAGUGGUCUUCUUUGAUCUCCGACUCAAACUUAAUAACCCUAUCAAAAAGGCAAAAGGUUCUUGUUAUGUCCCACUUGUAUGAUAGAUCCUUGUCCUUUCAAUCCAUAGCCCAACAAUGCUCGGUGGAAAAGGUUCAAACACCAUGGGAAAAUCUGGAUGUCCGUCAUGGUUUAGUUCACAUCUAUGGUUCGUGUAAUGGGUUGUUUCUUUUGGGGAUUAAGGUGGAUUUGUAUUUAUGGAAUCCACUAAAUGGGUAUUUCAAGAAGGUCUUGUCGUACCAUCAGUUGACGGUUCGUUCUCCAAUUACUUCUGGGCUUUGUUAUGAUUCCUCUACUAAUGGGUACAAGGCCAUCAUGGCUUUAUGUCCUUUUGAUCCCAGUGACGGUAAAUUCACAAUGGUAGGGAAUUUUCGACGAAAAUAUUGGAAAGAGGUAUGCUUCCCUUCUAAUACUGGCGCAGUCCAUUCAGGCCCAAUUUUGAAUGGACAACUUCAUUGGUUUGCCCGUAACACUGACUAUGUUUUGACCCAUUGUAUCAUUUCCUUUGAUCCCCGGGUGGAUGAAUUCAAGAAGGUACCAAUGCCAAAGCUGCCUGAGGAUCGGAAUAAAUUUAUUUUGCUUGGGUUGGGAGUUUUGGAUGGAUGCCUCUGUAUGAUUCGUCAUCGCCAACGCAAAACCCAAGUAUGGGUGAUGGAGGCAUACGGUGUGCAAAAAUCAUGGAAUGUUAGGUUUGUCAUUAGUUCGACCUUCAGGGUUAGUAGUAUAAUCCAGCUGUUAUGUUGUACAAAAGAUGGUGAAGUUCUAAUGAGCGAACACACUGGGUAUGGUGGGGGACGUGUUAACGCGUACAAUUCUAAUGGUGAUUUCUGCAGGGCUGUUCCAAGAGAUCCAUCCAGUUGCACAAUGGCAGCAAUGGCGUAUGAGGAAAGUUUAGUUGAGCCUAAAGACUACACGUGGGAAAACGAGGAGCGAAGUGGGAUAGCAACAUAUGUGGAACACUUUCUUUCAGCCUCUCCACGGAAAAUGAUAAAGGGAAAAGAGGAUAGUACAUGGGAUUACUUAGAUCCUGAAGCAAAGGGAGCUCAAGGAACACAAAAGAAGCGAAGUUUGAAGAGGAAUAGGCAGUAG